UUUGCCUGGUUGAAGUGAGGAGAAAGCUCAAACUCCGUACACUUCAAGCUUGCUCUGCUUUCUAACAACAUCAUGUUCUUCUGGCUGAUCCUCGCAGCCUCUGCGGGUUGCCUUUUUUUGCGCUUCCCUUACUUCUACCAGGACGUCAAACACAUCGUGUCAAAGCUGAAAACGAGGCGCAGGGUGCUGGACUACAUCCAGAGGAACUACACCAUCCUGGACCGCUUCUUGGAAGCGGCCGAUACUCAGCCGCACAAGCCGCUCUUCCUCUUCAAAGAUGACACCUUCAGCUACCGGGACGCCGACCAGCUCAGCAACAAGGCGGCCAGAGCGUUGCUGCACAGCGGCCUGGUGCAACAGGGCGACACGGUGGCCUUGUUCAUGGGGAACGAGCCCACGUUUGUGUGGCUCUGGUUGGCUCUGUUCAAGCUCGGAUGUUCGGCGGCUCUGCUCAACGCCAACAUCAGGUCUAAAGGUCUUCUGCACUGCUUCAAGUGCAGCGGGGCCAAAGUCCUGCUGGUGGCUCAAGACUUGCAGGGUCCAGUGGAGGAGGUCCUGCAGGAUCUGCAGGAGCUGGAGGUGUCCACCCUGGUGAUGAGCACAGUGUGUAGCAGUGCUGGCGUGCUGAGCUUCACAGACACGAUGAACCAGAUGUCCUCUGAGCCGCUAUCUCCAGACUUGAGGUCACAUGUCACGCUGCAGAGUCCUGCAGUGUACGUGUACACGUCAGGGACUACAGGUCUCCCCAAGGCAGCCUUGCUCACUCAUUCCAAACUUUGGGGCAUGACGACCAUUCUUCGUUCCUCGGGGUUGACCUACAAAGAUGUGAUUUAUAUCAGCCUCCCUCUCUAUCACACUGCUGGCUUUGUUGGCUUCGCAGGAGCCAUUGAUAUGGGUAUCACAGUUGCACUGAAGAAUAAAUUUUCUUCAUCUCAGUUCUGGGACGACUGCAGAAAAUACAACGUGACGGUCAUCCAGUACAUCGGAGAAAUCAUGCGUUUUGUCUGCAACACGCCAAAGAAAGCCAAUGAGCGAAACCACAAAGUCAGACUCGCAAUUGGCAACGGGAUCAGAGCCAAUGUUUGGAGGGAUUUCCUAGACCGCUUCGGAGACGUUCAAAUCAUGGAGCUCUACGGUGCAACGGAAGGGAACUUCUUUUUGAUGAACUACAGCGGAAAGAUUGGAGCUGUCGGGCGAGCAACCUUCUUGUACAAGUGGUGUUUCCCCUUCGCCAUGAUCAAGUUUGACGUCGACAAGGGAGAACCUGUGAGGGAUUCAUCAGGUCUCUGCAUCCAAGUCCCCAAAGGCGAGCCAGGACUUCUGGUGUCAGAAAUCUCGGCGGGGGCUCCUUUCCUGGGCUACGCCAGAGACCUGCAGCAGACUGAGAAGAAGAAGCUCCACCAUGUCCUCAAGAAAGGAGACGUCUUCUUCAACACGGGCGACCUGAUGCUCAUCGACCAGGACGGCUUCUUUUACUUUCAAGAUCGACUGGGCGACACUUUCAGGUGGAAAGGAGAGAACGUGUCCACCAAUGAGGUGGCAGACGUCCUCACUCAGGCUGACUGCAUCGCUGAGGCAAGCGUGUAUGGUGUGGAAGUCCCAGGCCACGAGGGGAGAGUAGGGAUGGCGGCCGUCGCUCUCAAAGACGGACAAACCUUCCGUUGUGUUUCCGUCUUCAAGCACCUUGAAGGCUUCUUGCCGGCCUACGCCAGGCCACGUUUCAUCAGGAUCCAGAGCUCCUUGGACAUCACGGUCACGUUCAAAAUCCUGAAGACUAAACUGGUCAGGGAAGGCUUCAAGCUGACGCAAAUAAAAGAUCCCAUCUAUUUUCUGGCUGAAAAGGAGAAGAAAUACGUUCCUUUUACGCUGGAAUUAUUCCACGCGGUUACAUCAGGUGACAUGAAAUUAUAACACGUUCUUUUGUUAAAGUGUCAUAUUUGAUGGUAAUGAUCUAAUGGAACCCAUCUUGGUUACUACAGUAGGUGGGAUGGGCAACACACAAUGGUGCUUAAAUCAUAUUUGAUGGUAAUGAUCUAAUGGAACCCAUCUUGGUUACUAGAGUAGGUGGGAUGGGCAACACACGAUGGUGCUUAACUCAUAUUUGAUGGUAAUGAUCUAAUGGAACCCAUCUUGGUUACUAGAGUAGGUGGGAUGGGCAACACACAAUGGUGCUUAACUCAUAUUUGAUGGUAAUGAUCUAAUGGAACCCAUCUUGGUUACUAGAGUAGGUGGGAUGGGCAACACACAAUGGUGCUUAAAUCUACUGUGCGUUGUGUUUGGCACCAAAUAAAGAGGAUCUUGAUACAAAACCUUGUAUUUAUGUAGUUGUUCCAUUGCUUAAAGGAAAACUGGACAUUUAUUGGGUGUUUGUCCAUCAUACACAAUGCUUAUGUUUUUUCAAUGUCAUUUUUAUUGACAUCUAUUGUCUGCCCUAAAUGUCAAAAUAAUAUAUUUGUGUUUAUAUCCCAACGAUGCCACCCUUCCCCCCAAAAUAAAAAAAGAAGAGAAAAACAGCAACAAAAAAAACUAAACAAACCAAAGUAAUAUUAUUAACAAAUAAAUACAUUUAAAAAAUAAUAAUAAUGAUAAUAAUAAAAAAAAAAACCCAGAAAGUAAAUAACAAACUAUAAAUAUAUAGUAGUGUUGUCCUGAUACCAAAAUGUAUUUCGACACUUUUCGAUACU